UAAUGAUUAUGAGUUAUUACUCCUGUCAAUCAUGCUAUCAUUCUCUGAUGCGAAAACAUGCCUUGGGGAAUAAUAUGGACAAAGAAAAGUGGCACUAGAUAUGGUACAUGAUCCUUCUACUUCCCAUUCGUUCCGUUCUCACAGCAUCCUUCACCGCAUCUUCCAUAAAUACGUGCUCUGUUGGGCUAAACCAGCCAGAACGGCACGAAGCGGAUGUUCGGGAAUCAUGCAUGUUCGGUCAUUUUAAAGACAUCGGAGUUGCUCCCCAUAUUGGGCCAUACAAUUUCGCUGCAACGUUGACCCGUCGAACGGAGAGAUUCUGGUUCGCAUGCCACGGAAUAACAAUUGCGCCAGAAGUUAAGGAUCAGAUUCAAUUGUGGCCAUGUGGGGGAGUUCCCGACUCCAGAUAAGCGGGCAAUCUCCAUUCCUGCGGCCUUGGCGAAUCUAAUCGUCGAUCGUGCAACCAGAGGUGAAGAAUUCGGUUUUUUCCAGUUUGCUUCGAAAAUCUUUGACGAAUAAUAAUACUCUCUGCUCUGGACUUAACUAGAGCCCUAAAGCACCGCUACGAGUUCUUCCUUCCCUAACUUCAUACAUACCGUGACCACUGCCAUUCGACCUUGAGGAUCCGGAGAUUCUGACAGAGCACAAUGGAUCUAAUAAUAUGUACAGUAAUUAAUACAGGCUUCUCGGGCACUAAGAUAUAUUAGUUAAUCCCGAUUCUAAGGUGCUGAUCGGUGGUGGCUGCAUCGCCUCCCUGCAGGGAUGGCUGUCCAUUCCCAGAUGCAGGCAUUACUCCGUGUCUGGGAGUUCACCAGGCGCAUUAUCUGCUAAACACAAAUAAUAGCGCAUAUAUAUACACGGCCAAUAAUGCA